UUGGAAGUCAGAAGGCGGUUGCACAAAUUCGUAACAUUAAUUCGAGCUAGUAAUAUGCCUGCUCUUAGCUGUGGUCAGCGAUGUCUGCAAAUCAUGCUGAUAGUUUUCAACAUCGUGGUUUUUAUUUGUGGAAUAGCAUUGGUUGCAGUUGGAUUGGUCGCGUGUAUAUCACUGAACAGAUACUCCAAAGACAUUGAUGCAACCGUUUAUGGGUUUGCAGUCUUCUUGAUUGUUCUUGGUGUCGUAAUCUUUUUCCUGGGGAUAAUUGGGUGCUGUGGAGCAUGCAAUGAAAGUGUCUACAAACUUACUUUAUACUCUCUGCUCUUAUUUGUGAUUAUUGUGAGCGAAUUUGCCUCGAGUGUUGGAGCUCUAGUGUUGAAGGAAAAGGUGAAGGAGAAGCUCACAAUAGCUGUCAAGGAUGCCGUACAGGAUUAUAACAAGAAUCCUGAUCUCAAGAGUGUUGUUGAUGAAAUACAAGAAGCGAUCGGUUGUUGUGGAGCGGACUCACCAAGUGAUUACGAUACUCCACCACAGUCAUGUUACGAUAAUGGAGAGCUGUUUAAAACGGGUUGUAUUGAAGCGAUCACCCUUAUCAUGAAACGGUAUAUGGUUAUUAUAGCUGUCUGUACAAUUGCAUUUGGACUGCUACAAAUUUUGGCCUUUGUGUUCGCUAUCUGUCUCUGUGGUGCUAUCAAACGAAACAAAUACUGAUCAGUUUCUUCCAUUCUGUAACUUUUGGGUAUGAAAUACUUGGGCUUUUCUCCUACACGUCUAUUAUUUUUAUGCUUUCAUAUUUUCUGGUAGUAUUUUCUUGAUGUUUGCUCUCUGUCACUUUGGAAAGUUCAGUGAUCAACUGUUCCUUGUUAUAAAGAACUUGAUUUGAGUAAAUGAGAAGCUUACACAGGAAACAUCUUCCAGCUAUAUUUUGUUUUGUUACAGUAUAUGAUACAGAUUUUGUUGUUUAUAAUGUUGUAUUUUCUCUUGAGUUUCGCAUUUAAGUAGAUCACGAGUUUUAUAGAUUGCUUCUGUUUCGAAUGAAAUUUGGCACAUAUUCG